AUGACGGCAGAACUGCGUGAUCUGACCUCAAAUAAUCUCCGACAUUUAUUUAUCCACCACUCUCCCGAACUCGUCCUACCGUUGAGUUCUGGUGCACUACUGCAAGCACUGAUAGCAUAUUCACCUAUACUAGCCGGCCGGCCUCACUUGAAACUUACGGAUGUCAAGCUUCUCGAAUCGUUCCUAGUCGAAUUCGCUUCUGUUUGGGAACAUGGCACCGUUAUUCUUGACAACAAGGCAGGGACGACGCUAAUUACGAAUGUGGUUGUCGACGAUGCGGCGCGAAAGAGGAAGAGGCCUAAUAGAGACGACGAUAUUUACCAGGACGAGCAGAGCGACGAGGAUACGAUCAGUAGUCAAGAAACCGUAAAAACUCCCACGUCUCCGAUGGAUACCUUAUACAACAUGCUGCAGAGUGGCACUGCCAAAGGAAAGCUACUCGCAGAGCAAUAUCGUUCCGACGGGCAGUUCAACCCCAUCUGCGAACACGUAACCAAGCUGGACUGUGUCAAAGCUCAAACAAAUGAUGGGAUAAAAGAUCCACAGCAUUGUGAUAGGGUCCACUUCCGACCACUCAUUCGACCACAUACUGAUCCAUCUCUCGGACACUGUUCCUAUUUAAACACUUGCUACUCCGAACCAACCUACGCACUCUCCCCAGCGCUAACUUCCUCCACGUCAAAAUCCCGCCCAGCACAGGGCGUACAACUUCCUUCUGGACUCGGCGCAGGCGGUCGCUACUCGACUGCACCAGGACGAGCGAUUUUCCAUGCCCCUACACCUCCCAGACCGAACCUUGAUUUGAAGCUGGGAUUGGGACCCGGUGGGGGCGCGGCUCUCCUCCCACCUCAAUGGAUCAACUGCGACGUGAGGCGAUUCGAUUACAGUGUACUGGGCAAGUUCCAUGUGAUUAUGGCUGAUCCACCAUGGGACAUCCAUAUGAGCUUGCCAUACGGAACGAUGACAGACGAUGAGAUGAGAUCUAUGCCCAUUCCACAGCUUCAAGACGAGGGGUUAUUGUUUCUGUGGGUCACCGGGCGAGCGAUGGAGGUUGGAAGGGAAUGUAUGAGAGUUUGGGGAUACACGCGCGUCGACGAGGUUGUGUGGCUCAAGACCAAUCAGCUUCAACGUGUAAUCCGGACGGGACGAACGGGCCAUUGGCUCAAUCAUACAAAGGAACACAUGCUUGUCGGCGUCAAGACAAACGUCGACGACAAGGGUAACUUAAUCUGGCCAUCAUGGGUUAACCGGGGGGUCGACUGCGACGUUAUCGUAAGCGAGGUCCGGGAGACGAGUCGCAAGCCAGACGAAGUCUACGGGAUGAUCGAGCGAAUGUGCCCUGGAGGACGGAAAAUUGAGAUAUUUGGGAGGAAGCACAACACCCGACCUGGAUGGAUAACCCUCGGCAACCAACUUGGUCAAGAUAGAAUAGUCGAGAAGGACUUGUUAGAGCGCGUCAAGCAGAGAUAUCCCGAACGCGCCAUACAAUAG